AUGGCUUUGGCAAACAGAAGACCUGUUGCUUUCCCUGUUAGUGAAGCAACUUCUACGUCAUCUCCAUCCUUUAAACCAAGCCGUUUGAGCUUGGAUUCUGGUUACUCCGUAUCGAAGGCAGCCUCAAAGAAGAUUGCUGCUGCAUCCAUAAAGGAAUCAACACCAGAAGAGUCAUUGAGUGGGUCAAGCUCCGAGGAUGUUGAAGCUUCUCCUACAAGCUCCGUUGCAACUACUGUCUCCACAGGCUCUACAAAGCACAAGGAGAAGAAGGAAAAGAAGGAGAAGGUGAAAGGCUCUUCAAGACAACCAAUCGCUACUGGUAUCUCUACAACUAUCCCUGUGACUGGUGAAAGACCACGUCCUCAAGAACACAAGUCAUUGGACGAUAACGUUCUCUUUGCAAUCUUUGAAAUCUUGUAUGAGAAGGAUCCUGAAGGGAAAGGUAUGACAGUUAAACAAAUUUGUGAUAUCCUUGUUGAGAGACAUCCAGAAAUGGCUAACUUGUCCUCAAAGACAUCCAACCUCGUCUCUGCAAAGUUGAAUGCCUACGUCAAGAGAAUUGAAAAAGGUGAGAAAUCCUUGAUCUAUGCUCUCUCUAGAGAAUGGGCAGACGCUUCUCCAAAGAGAAUGGUGUACGUAUACCGUGGAAUGCUUGCUCCAGACUUCUUUGUCCAUGCACUGGCUGCGAUUGAAACGCAAAAGGCUGCUGAAAACACCUCUAGUGCUCAAGACCGCAAGUCGUUGGACAAAGCACUGAAGGAGGACACACCUACCCGUGAGGGAGAGAUGAAGAGACGUGCCACUGCCUUUGAUUUGGGUAUCAACAGAAAUUCAUUUGCAGAUUUGCAAUUGGAUCUGACGUUACCGAACAUUGCUAUACCGUACUCUUCUGCCCCUGUCACCGCUUCUCUAGGAAUUGGUGCUACCCUUGAUACUGAAGGUGCAUCCAAGAAGGCUCUUGCGUUUAAGAAGGAUACCAACACUGCUGUUUCUGACGAUGACUUUGACGCAUUUGACCAAUUUGACGAUUCGUUUGACACUGAUGACAUUCGUCCUUCUUUCAGAGCAAACAAGCGUUCCAAAUCCAUGUCGUACCUGCAAUCCAAGAAGAUGCGUACUUUGACUGUUGCCGCUGCUGCUCCACGUUUAUCAAAGGCCAAAUCUACAAGUUCACCUUCCGCUGCUGCUGCUGCUGCUGCGCUUCAUGCCGCAGCAUUGGAGGGCCUUUCACCAGCUAGUGUUUCAUCGCCGGAGUAUUCCAGCAACGAAACUCCGGUUGCUGCUAAAUGGUUACAAGCUGUUAGAAACGGGUUUUUAACACAGGACAUUGAAACACCAGAGAGCACGUCACUUGCUGAACUGGAUUCGAUGUUUGCUUAA